AUGAGCGCGGAACAGCGCCAAGCCACUGGCUCCAGCGCCAAAUCAAAAAAGAGGUGGACGGACCUCGAUGAAGAUGGGAAGGCAGAACCCAAACGCCAACGGGUGUCGCGCGCCUGCGAUAGUUGCCGAUCGAAGAAGGACAAGUGUGACGGGAAACAACCAAUAUGUUCGACAUGUGCCUCGCUCUCACGGCCAUGUACCUACAAAGCCAAUCCGAAAAAGCGAGGCUUGCCGACAGGCUACAUUCGAUCACUAGAGCUACUCUGGGGACUGGUGUUUCAACGGAUCCAUGGCAGUGAGGAUGUGAUGCGUGCUUUGAUGCGAUCGACCAAUCUUCCCAGUCAUCUGGCCACAAUGGGAAAGGAAGCAGAAGGAUCCGAUGCAUUGAUGGCUUCCUUCAAAAACAGCGCAGUGCUCCGGGAUAUCGAGCGGAUCCUGGUGAUGCUGGAACAACCGGAAGAGGAGAGGGAACGAAGUCUGCAGGCUUAUGGAGACGGGGAAACACCGCUCGAUGUUGACUCUAUACUUUCCUCGGCCGAUGCCCAGGAAUGGCACAUCCCCGAAGGCUUAGAGACUCGUGAGACACCUUUACCUGGGAUAUCGCCCAGUCGAACGGCAAUCGGCAUUUCCCCCUUCAAGAAUCCCUCAAGGUCGACUAGAGAGUGCGGUGUUCAGACUGAGUUGGACGAUGUAUCCUCACCCUCUUUUGCCCUCCAACCGAAUUACGACGACCCUCGAUCGCUUUCAACCAAAACUCCCCUCCAACUCCCUUAUAAUGCAUGGCCCCUGUUCGACAUCUACUUCUCUUACACGCAAUGCUGGUUUCCAAUACUGGAAAAGCACGACAUACUUCGGACUGCCUUUCAAUACACUGAAGGCGAUGUUUUCAUCUCACGUUUUGCCCCCGGGUCCGGGGAGCAUGCUGCCCUAUGGGCUGUUUUAACACUCGCGUCACUCCAAGAUGCCUCGAUUAGCGCCACUAGACAGACGGACGAGCAACCCAGGGAUCAACUCACUCCGUCCCAAAUGUACGAUAUCGCCCGCCAGUUGAUUCCCUCUGAAAGCGGCCCCCACGAGAUAGGACACGUGCAAGCGCUCCUGAUCUUGGGCCUGGUCAAAUUUGGACAGCAGGAGUGGACGGCAUCCUGGAUGUUGAUCGGCCAAGCUGCACGGAUUUCCAAUACAUUGGGUCUGGACCAGCCUUCGUAUCCAUCAUCAUCCAGAACUGCUGAUCAAGAAAAACAGCUGGGUCGGGCAAAGCAUGUUUUUCUGGGUUGCUUCUUUCUAGAGACCUUUGUUGCCGAGAAAACCUCACAGUGCCCAUCUCUGCGACGGGCAGACUUGGCCCGAGUAGGAUCAAUCAACGAGGAUGGACUUGAAGAAUGGCAUCCCUGGGAGGAUCAGACUGGCCUACGACCCCCACAGUCUUCACGUUCGUCUAUGCAGCGUGGGCCUCUUCAUGCUUUGAGCACCUUCAACCGUCUGGUUAGCUUGGUGUCUAUCCUCAACGAGCUCUGCUGUUGCAAAUAUGAUCCAACAAUAUCGCGGUCGCAGCUGGAGCAGCUGGAGCUACAAUUACAACGUUGGGUGACAGCAUUGCCAAAAAGCUAUCGGGUUGAUCUCCAAAGUCGACCCAUACGCAUCGCUUCGCCACACAUCUUCGGCUUAGAAAUGACAUAUGAGAGCGUUGCCGUUGCUCUCAGCUCUCAAAUCGCCAUCCGCGAAUGUGAUCAGAACAUAUUGGACCCGCCGCACAAACAUCGUGCGACCGAAAGUUCAAAACGGCUUCUACAGCUCCUCCAAUUCUACAUGGAAACAUACAGCUUUGCCGCCACGCCACCAACCUUCGGUAUGAUGCUCCAGUUUGGUCUCCCGCGAUCACAGUCUCGAGAACUUCCGUCGGACCUGGAUCUCGGAUUGCAAAACAAGAUACACGCCUUUUCCUCCCACCUUUCUGCGCUUUGGGCCAUGGCAGAUCGACCGACUGCUGGCCCCAGUCUAGCCCAGAGGCCUCAGCCCAUGACGAUAGGUGCGUCCCCAAUGUCGCAGCAGAUGGAGGGUUCCACUAGUGGUGAAAUGUCGCUUCCGUUGGGCAUAUCCAUUCCAACCUCACAACACCCCACUCCAGGCGAUGGAAACCCUCCUAGCAGCUCGCACACCACCGCGCCUCAUCCAGACCAAUUUAUGUCCACCCCAUGGCUUCGGUCCACACAGCACAUCGAAGACAUCUCUCUCCUCCCUACCCCCUCCUCCCUUACCUCUGUUGGAGCCCCGACCGAACUUCCCCCACAACAAGGCCAUAUGGGUGGUCCUGUUGGCAAUGCCCUUGCCCACCCGAGCUCCGCCCCGGGAAAACCACACAAUGGAACCGGCAUGCUCACGCAACUUUCCCCUACAUACCACCACAAUGCCCCAUAUCAUCCCAAUGCAUAUCAAGACCCGUCGCUCGCUGCGGGCACGUUCGUAGAUAUGGAUGGAUAUGGCGCACCACGGCGACAGCGAAUUGCCCCCGAUCUCGAUGCACUAUUUGAUGAAUUGGCAUCCCUUGACGGCGCAGAAAAGGCCGAUAACCAGCCAGAAUUCAUGCAGAAUCUCGGUUUCGUGUCUGAUGCGGGCAUUCCUGAACUCUACUCGUUCUCCGGUCAGGUUGAGCCCUUCUUGCUCGCACAGACGCAGCAACUACCCGGUGACAGUACGCCAUCCGGCGUACGGCGGGAGUCACAGUCGCUGGGCAUGUCGGGAACUCCUAAGCGAUGA